AUGGAGAGUACUCCCUAUGCAAGUGGGGUUGGAAGCAUCAUGUAUGGCAUGGUUUGUAGUAGGCCUGAUUUAUCAUAUGCAAUAAGUGUGGUAAGUCGGUUUAUGGCAAAUCCGGGCCAAGUUCAUUGGCAAGCUUUGAAGUGGGUUCUGAGGUAUUUGAAUGGUUCUUUGAAGGGUGGUCUGAAGUACACAAGAACUGAUCCAGGAAGAGAUGCUUUAGAGGGAUAUGUGGAUGCGGACUAUGCAGGUAAUAUAGACACUAGAAAAUCCUUAUCGGGUUUUGUGUUUACAUUGUUCGGUACAGCGGUAACGUGGAAGGCCAAUCAACAAUCUGUUGUAGCCUUGUCAACAACUCAAGCAGAAUACAUAGCUCUUGUUGAAGGGGUCAAGGAAGCCAUAUGGUUGAAGGGUAUGAUUGGAGAAAUGGGGAUUAGUCAAGGGUGUGUGAAGAUACAUUGUGACAGUCAGAGUGCCAUUCAUUUGGCAAAUCACCAGGUGUAUCAUGAAAGGACAAAGCACAUUGACAUCCGGUUGCACUUUGUAAGAGACAUGAUUGAAACAAAAGAGAUCAUGGAUGGUUAA